AUGUCGUGGUCAGGUGAUGAUGAAGACGGGUUCGUUCAUCCAACUACCCCGCCUGCCUGGAUCGGCCUUGCAACGUCACGACAUGGGAAGUGUGAGGAGGAAUCUAAGGCUGACUUCUCCUACCAGGGCAUGUGGAGAAAACGAAUGAUCGUGACUAUGAGAUUGAGGAGAGACGUUACCGGACGAUGGAGGCUGCAGCGAAUCGCCUACAGAAAGAAGCAAAGGGAUACCUGGAUUCAUUACGAGGUGCGCAAGCUUGACAUGACUUUUGUUAUCAGAAUGCGCAUUGCAGAGACGAUUGAUGCGUUCUAUGGCGAUGCAGGGACGAGAGAUGGUGUGAGCAGGAGCUACAAACAGGCGGUGGAGGAUCUGGAUGCAGAGACGAUCAAGGCCCUGGAUGGCCCCUACCGGACAACCGUUCUGGAGCCGAUCUCCCGUUUCUGCGCCUACUUCCCCGAUAUCAACGAGUGCAUCAAGAAGCGAAAUAACAAGCUGCUCGACUACGAUGCGAUGCGGGCGAAAGUGAAGAAGCUGGUUGAAAAGCCCGACAAGGACGCAACCAAACUGCCCCGGGCGGAACGGGAGGCGGAGAUGGCCAAGCAGGCGUACGAACAGCUCAAUGAACAGCUGUUCACCGAGCUGCCGCAGCUCAUCGACCUGCGGGUGCCCUACCUGGAUCCCAGUUUCGAGGCCCUGGUCAAGAUCCAGCUACGGUUCUGCGCAGAGGCCUACUCGCGCAUGGCCCAGGUGCAGCAGUACCUCGAUGCGGACACGAGAGACCAAUAUGCCAACGGCGACCUGGACAAUCGGGUCGAGCAGGUGCUGCAGGAGAUUCGGGAUUUGAGUAUUGCAGGGACAGUCUAG